AUGUGCUGGCGAGGGCACCCCCGCGAGACAGCAACUGGCGACGGCUACGAAUGGAUCUGCAACUACUUGGAUAGUUGCGACGGCGACUUGUUGGAGUUUGAACUCGACGACGAUGGCCAGCACUUUUAUGACAAUCUGGAUCUCUUGCCACCGUACACGCCUCAACCGAACGAGCUUUGUGGCGAGUUCUUCCAACUGACGCCGUUCGUACGAAGCGUUGUUUCAAAACACACCUCUAUCGCAAAGGAUACGACGUCCAGCGCAUAUUUGGCAUCGCCCAUCUCGUAUUGCGCCUUACUCGAAGAUGCGCAGUCGACGGCCAUGACCACCCGACCGUCCGAUAUGCUCGAGACUCGAGGGGUAUUUCACGCGGUGACUACUCCUCGCAAGAGCCGUGCACGUGAUCGACACGUACGUGACAAGAAGGCAGCGACGGUGGAGGGCAGGUCUCUCACGGGCAAUCCCAUGAGCUCACCCACGCGCUCUAGUUCACGGAAGCUCAACCGCCGUCUUUUCUACUAG